UUGAAUGUUGGAUCUCCAAGUUAAAGUUUCCUCAGAGCCAUCCUUCUUCAUAUCAAUCAAACCAACACAACUAACAACAUACCGCAUUGGGAUUUUAUACCUGAAUUUGUCUUUUGUAAAAAAAACUGAUCAGAUUGAAUGCUUUUAGGGAACAGCAAAAUGAAACGGGGACCUGCUAUCAAUGAUGACCAUGUACAUGAUAGAAAGAAGAUCAAAACAUUCUCACCUCAAAAGGAAACAAAACAGAAAUUUGAGAAAAAAACUUCAUCAAAAAUAAAAAAUAGUAUUGAGAAAGGUAAAAAGAUCAAGAUAAAAGCCGAACAAGGAACACUUUCAUUGAAACAAAAAAAACUUACUGUCUCACCAAAGAAUGGACUCUCUGGAAAACAGAAAAUAAAAAACUCAAUUAAAGACAAUCUAUUGAAAAAAGCUCAGUUUACCAAAGAUUUAGCAACUGGAAAACAGAAAACCAAGAUUAAAGGAGAAUUCCCUACAGAUAAGGAUGGAAAACCUUUGUGGAACAAAGUGAAAUCUGAAAAGAAAAAACUUAAAGAAACAAGAAAGGCUCAUCGUACUGGUGAGGAGCAAUACCAGAUUUCUGUAAAAGCGAAAGCAAUUUGGGAAAAACUGAGAGGAAAGAAUCAUACAGAUGAGAAAAAAGAAGCAUUAGUUAAUGAGCUUUUUAUGUUGCUUAAGGGACAAACACCCAAUAUUGUCUUCAGUCAUGACAUGGCCAGGGUGAUCCAGUGGAUGCUGAAGCUAGGAUCUCCUGCUAUAAGGUCCUCCCUAUGUGAAGACCUCAGCUCCAACACUGUUGCCUAUCUUCAGUCUCGGUACUCUAGCUUCUGCGUUAAGCGAGCACUCAAGUAUGCAAGUAAGGCAGAUCGCAGCUUGCUCAUCCAAUCUUGCAAUGGGCACUUCUUAAAACUCUUUAGUCAUUUGUGUGCGAGUCCAGUGAUAGAGUUGAUGUAUGCAGAGUAUGCCUCGGCUGCACAACGUAGACAGAUUCACAGAGAGAUGUACGGAGAGAUGCAUGCUCUUGUUGCUCCGGAGAUUACCUCAAUACAAAACAUUCCUAAAAACAUGAGACCUUCAAUAUUGACUGCCACAAAAAGUAAUCUGACUAAACUGUUGUUAAAAAAGCAGCUGUUCAAAUAUACUUUGCUACAAACGUUACUGCAAGACUUCCUAGCCAGCUGCUCAGAACAGGACCGCAAUGAAAUCUUGGAGCUUAUACAAGGUGAUGUGCUGGAGUUCCUCAACACCAAGGAAGGCUCCAGAGUGGCUCUACAAGUUGUCUGGCACGGCACGAAUAAGGUGAAAAAAGUGAUCGUGAAGGCGUUAAAGGGAAAAGUCAAGGAGACUGCCUGCUCUGAAGUGGGCCACAUUCUUCUGCUUGCUCUGUUUGACUGUGUGGACGACACAGUCCUCGUUAAGAAAGCUUUGCUUCCUGAGGUGGUCAGUGAAGCAGUGGAAUUGGCCAAGAAUGAAUGGGGAAGAAAGGUUAUACUGUACCUUGUGGCACAUAGGGACCCUGCUUACUUCCAUCCCCAGCAGAUAGAGGUUUUAGCCAAAGGGGAUGCCAUCGGCAAAGGGAAGAAGGAUCCCAAAGUGAGAGAGCAGGAGAUGCUGGAAGCUGUCAGUAGUCCUCUGUUGUCCCAGAUAGCUGCAGACCCAGCUACAUGGCUGGGGGAGAGCUCCAUAGCCAUGGUGACUCUGGCAAUCAUCAAGUCAGCUAAAGGUGAUAAUGCAAGUAAAGAAGUGUUUGAGAGGCUGGUUGACUACAUAAUGGACCCUGACAGUUCUGUAGAGGUCAAUGACAGGAAGAUCCAUGUUAUAGAGGACAGCGCCUUGCAUUUAGUGUUCAAGAAGCUCAUUCAGCAACAUUCACAACAGAUGGAAGCUGACAAAACUCAAGGGACGUUUCCAAAAGUUCUAGUGUCGAGGCUGACCGGAAAAGAGCUAAACUUCAUGAUGCAGUUCAAUCGAGGAUGCUUUCUUUUGGUUCUAAUGUUUGAGCUGAAAUGCAAAGAAAUCAACAAUGUUCUCAAGAAGAAAAUCACAGAACCGAUGAAAAAAUACCUUCAAAAACAAGAAACAACGGGAUCAAAAAUAUUGUUGAAGAAAUUGAAUGAAGUGAAAUAAAUAUUCAUGUUUUUA